AAGAAUUUAAAAAAGACAUAAAAACAUGUUAUUUCCUGCAGCAAGAAAAGGAGUCAGAGGAAUUUUAACAAGUUUAAGACCCAUUUCAUUAUCUGUUUUUUAUAAUCAAAAAUGGGAUAAUUGUAAUUUUUCAACAAAAAUUGACCCGAAAUUAAAAGCAGCAACAAUUAUUGAUAUGUUGCCGAAGUUAUCAUUUUUAUCUAAAACAGGGAUAAUUGCAACAGGAACAGUAUUAUCUAUUGCAGCUAUUUCGAACGAACUUUAUGUGGUUAAUGAGGAGACGAUUAUUCUGGGAAGUUUUUUUAGUAUUAUUUGGUUCUUGAUUAACUCGGGAAAACAAAAUUAUAUUAAUUGGAUGGAUGGACAUAUUAAUCAUGUGCGUUCAUUACUUAAUAAUUCUAGACAGCAACAUACAAUAGCAAUAAAUGAACGUAUUGUAGCAAUUAAACCGUUAAAAGAUAUAGUGGAUGUCACAAAAAAUCUUUUUGAAGUAUCUAAAGAGACAGUUCAUAUGGAAGCAAAGGCAUUUGAACUCUCACAAAUUAUUGCAGUUCAGCAACAGGCUAAAGCUGUUCUCGAUUCAUGGGUUCGCUAUGAAUCAGCUCUUCGACAACGGGAGCAGGCAUAUCUUGCAAAUACGGUCAUUUCAAAAGUUGAAAAAGAACUACGACAACCAAAAAUACAACAACAAAUUCUUGAUCAAAGUAUUACAAAGAUCGAAAAUUUAUUACGUUAAACUAGCCCUCUACAACCCACGGUUUAUUGUCUUUUUUUACAUCUUUUUAUACCAAUAACCAAGCCUUUUGUCA